ACCAAAGGGUUCGCAACUCUGCGCCUUAGAGAAUGCAUGCGUAAUGUAUGUGUAUGUACAAGCAAUGCUCUAAGCUGCGUGAAAAUAAAACGCGAGAGUUUCGAGCCAUCUCGAUUCUCGAGGCACUCCGGAAGCCGGUCGAAACAAGUUAUCCAGGUUUUAUUUUGCGAAGUCAAAAAUUUAUGAGAACGAAAUUAUUUUGAAACCAUUCUAAUCUGCGCACCGGAGAAACUGCAUUAAAAUGCAACGCCGAUCGGAGUUAUUCGAUAGACGAGUAACUUGCGCGAAAAAAUUGUGAAAAAAGUAUUAUAACCUAACUCACCGUUUCGACGAUCUUCUGAUGCACGUUGGAUUUGUCCGAUCUGCCUCUUUCUUUUCGCCUUGUUUUUAUGUUAUUUUCAGACCGUGGAUUCGGUUUAAAUUCUUCAGUUGUUUAGCACGGGCUUCAAGAUUCGUGCAGCCAAGGCUUGAUAGUUGAUUACCGAUCAAAGUGUCUUACCGUGGUUACACAUUGACACCUGGCAUUAAAGGAGUCAUUGUACAUAUCUCAAACCGUUAUUACAAAGUAAAAAAAUAAUUUUUAUAAACCGAUCAUGGAUAGAACCAACAAAACAGCCCAGAACGGUUCUUCAGGCUUUUCGGAAGAGCGUGAUAUAAACAAAAAGAGAACCGAUUACUUAGAAUGGGACGAAUACUUUAUGGCUACAGCAUUUCUCGCAGCAAAACGAAGCAAAGAUCCUUGCACCCAAGUAGGUGUUUGUAUUGUUAACCGAAACAAUAAAGUUGUCGGUGUGGGGUAUAAUGGAAUGCCCAUCGGAUGUAGUGACAAUGAAUUUCCGUGGGCCAAGAACAGUGCCAAUAAAUUAGAAAAUAAGCAUCUUUAUGUUUGUCACGCUGAAAUGAAUGCAAUCCUAAAUAAAAAUUCAGCGGACGUUGAAGAUUGCAGGAUGUAUGUGGGGUUGUUUCCAUGCAACGAAUGUGCAAAAGUAAUUAUUCAGUCUGGUAUAAAAUCUGUUGUGUACAUGUCUGACAAGUAUUCUCAGAAGAUUACAACCAUAGCUGCCAAAAGAAUGUUUGAUGCAUCCGGAGUCCGCUAUAGACAAUACAUACCUCAGAAUAAGCAAAUAGUAAUUGACUUCAGUGAAAUCAAUUGGAAUGAGAUGACUCAAGAGCCGCAAACGCCAUCGCCGGUGAAAAACUCUUCAACCGACUAAUUAUUAACGUGUUAAAAACAUAAUUUUCUUUAUAAACAGAUUUUAUUUUAUUAUCUUAUUUUCUUUUGACAUUUUGUGUGUUGACCCUUUUCAAGUAGUAUCUAAUUAACCACUGGAUAAUGGUUUUAAAAAAAUGCAACUCGUGAUAUUGCUGAUUAUUGGUAUCGUCAAAAGGGAUCAACGCCUGGUAUUUACAUAUAAAAUGAUUAAGUAUAGGUACAAAUGCAGAAAUAGACAGAAACUGGUUUCUCUUUUUUUAGGACUGUACAGCGUUGUCAAUUUCACUCUUAAAUUCACGAAAAAUGAGGUUUUAGCAAAUAAAUAAUAUGAUUAAGAUAUUUUACUAGAAAAUGUAACAACUUGGUAAUAAUACAUGGAUAAUAUUAAGGUAUAACAACACAAGUGAAGCUCCGAUUUAAAUAUUAUACAAAUCUAAACGCUUUUAGGUAUUAAUGAUUCUACCCAGAACUAGAUACACUUCGUCUGUCGAUUAAAUUAGACUUGGAUAAUUAUGUAAAACCUUUCUGGGAGACGACCCACUCAAUCGUGCAAACAGUGAGCACUGGUCUGCUUAUUUUCACGAUUCAAAAUGAAAUGAUUACGUACAACUUCGGAAGUUAGUUUUGAGUGCUGUCAAAUAAUAUUUUGUUCAUAUGAAAAUCGGUCUAGUUUACGUAAAAUUAAAAUGUUUAAUUUACGAUAAAGCAGAGUAAAAUCAUUUGUGAUCUCAGGUUUGCAAAAGUAUUACUACUUGUGUAGAUCAACACGUCUCGCAUACGUCGGAAGUUAUUCAAAGCUCCACGUGACUCUAUUAAGUGAUAGAAAAGGCUCAUUGCAAGUCUGGCAGACCAGUAUCUGCGGUUCCAAGUUGUUAAAAUCUUGUUGACAUACGCAAUUGCAUACGCUUUUAGUUUUUUUUCACUAAUACAACAAAAAAAGAAUACAUUACACUAUUAAUUAGAUAAUGACUAUCUACGUUCGGUUUUGAAUUAAAGCGGCAAAAAGAAUACCUGAGCCUAGAUUAGCCGUCUGAUUUGCUUCAACGUAGUUAAAAGAUAAAGUGAAAAUAAAACAGAUGUUUCAAGUUGAUUUGAAUGUAUAUAUACCGUUCAUAGUAAAAUUUUUCUAGAAUUUCGACAGUCGCACAGGUUUAGAUAAACUAUUACAGUAUAAUUUCAAUCAACUGAGAAAAGUAUGUAGAAAUACAACCUGUGCUCAGAAAUAUAUGAGAAUUGAAAUGGUGAUCUUGGAUAUGGAGGUCAUUAAAAAACAGAACAACUGAAAAAUUGUUGACGUUGAGGUUGUUCUGUUUUAAUGACCUCCAUAUCCAAGAUUACCAUUUAAAUUCAACAAUCUGAGGUCAAGAAAAUACUAUUCAUAUAUGAGAAUGUUUAAAUUAUGAAAAUCGAGUGUUAGAUAAGAUUCUGAACUUAUUGGUGAAAAUAAAACUUUUUACAUUCACAUGUCGUCUCGCAAUCUAUUUUAGAAGACAAGAGUAACUAGAGUCACGAAUAAUUCGUGCACGAAUAUGGGAACAACAUAUUUAUUAUUUCAAAAAAAUAUGGAUAUGAUUCUUAGAAAAGAUGCAAUGUUUUCUGUUACGAUUUCUUUUAAAUAGAUAAUUUGAAUGUACAGAGAUAUUAUCUUGUACGACACUAGCUUUUAUAGGCUUGGCGCUCGCUAAGAAUUUAUCAAAAUUUCUAAUAUUUGAUAAAUUUUGUUUAGCUGAAAAUGUAGCGCCUACAUUUUUAUUUUAAAUUAAUUAUUAUUUAUUACUCAAUUCGCGGAUUAAUAACUUUUCUUAUCAUCUCAAUGAUUAGCUAUUGUUUUUUCCAUGGAACACAGCUAUGUAAUAUACGUACAUAUAUUUUUCAAUCAGAUAUCAAAAGAAGUUCAUAAAUUAACCUGAUAUAAUCUAAAAUAUGUAAUUUGUGACACGAUCCUGUUAAGGAAACCGUAGAAGCUCUAAUCUUUAGUGAUAUAUGUAUAUAUAUAUAUUCUUAUAUCCCUCAAUAUUUCAGACUGAGUCGUACCCAGCAGUCGCAAAUCAUCAAACAAUCAACGUAUAUUCAAAAGAACAAGUGUACUUCAAUGAUUCUACGUAGUACCUAGGUAAAAAUAUGAAAUAAAUAAAUGAGGCGUGACCAUGCUUUCCACCAUGCAUUAAGGUCUGACAACUUAUGAAAUAGUUUAUUGGCGUUGUUUAGCUACGAAGUAACUGAAAUGAAUCAAACUUUCUUUGCCUAAAUU